AAGGCCGACCUGGCGGCCAUAGAGUGAGGUAGUUUAGCUCCCGUGAAAUAAACCCACCAUUUUUAUUUGUAAUACUACUAUAAAAUCAAUUAAAUACUAGUUGGAAAAGGUGAAGUAAAAUAUUUUGGCUAUCUUGCCAAAGAUAUUUUGUCAUUUCGCUGAACUGGGCAAUCGGGUAACAUCGUAAUUUGAAGUAGUUAAUGGUACCAGCUUGAUCACACCAUUCAAACUUUCGACCCCACUUCCACUUCUUACGUUUAAUUCUAAACUUUAAAGUAUUACAAUCGUGUAUAGUGUAGAUACUAUAGUAGAGUUGUGGUGGGUGUAGUAGAGUUAUUGCAAACUCGUCUUAUUUAGCACGGUUGUAAUAAUUACAUAACGAAAGGUCCUAGAAACCGCCGGUUUUCAGGUUUCUAUGUAUUUUGUGAAUUAAACAACAAAGUAUUAUUAAGCCAAAUUCAGACGAACAAAAUGAUGAAUUUAAAGUUUAUAACGAAAAUCGCUCCGUUAAAAUCGCGAAGUGUGGAAGUAAGCACAUUACUUAAAGCCCUACCAGCUGCAUGUAGUCAACUUCAAGGUAGAACUUAUGCAGACCAUGUUAUUCCAGAUAGAUUAAAGGAUAUGCCUACUCACCCAAACCCCAGAUUUUUCGACAUGGUCGAAUAUUUCUUUCACAAAGCAUGUGUUCUAGUAGAAGAUAAACUAGUGGAAGAUCUGGGAAAGGCAAAAGGAUCUAAGUUGACCUUAGAUCAAAGAAAAGCUAAAGUAAAAGGUAUUUUAACCUUUAUGGAACAAUGUGAUCAUAUUAUUGAAGUUUCUUUUCCUAUUAAAAGAGAUAACGGUCAGUAUGAGAUUAUUAAAGGAUAUAGGGCUCAACAUAGCACUCAUAGAACUCCAUGCAAAGGAGGAAUGCGUUUCUCCAUGGAUGUAUCAAGGGAUGAAGUUAAAGCUUUAGCGGCUUUGAUGACGUUCAAAUGCGCUUGUGUAGAUGUUCCCUUUGGAGGUGGUAAAGCCGGCGUCAAAAUCGAUCCUAAAACGUAUUCUGAACAUGAAUUGGAAAAGAUCACAAGAAGAUUUACUUUAGAACUAGUCAAAAAAGGUUUUAUUGGACCCAGUAUUGACGUACCUGCACCCGAUAUGGGUACUGGCGAAAGAGAAAUGUCUUGGUUGGCCGAUACCUACGCCAAAACAAUCGGUUACCAAGAUAUCAAUAGUCAUGCUUGUACCACAGGCAAACCAAUUAACCAGGGUGGUAUACACGGACGUGUUUCCGCAACAGGUCGUGGAGUCUUCCACGGUAUCGAAAAUUUUAUCAAUGAAGAAAGCUAUAUGAAGAUGUGCGGUUUAUCCACAGGUUUAAAAGGAAAAACAGUCAUUAUCCAAGGAUUUGGUAAUGUUGGGUUGCAUACAAUGAGGUAUCUACACAGAGCAGGUGCUAAAAUUAUUGGCGUCAUUGAAUUUGAUGGUUCAAUCUUCAAUGAAAACGGUAUCGACCCCAAGGAUCUAGAAGACUACAGAGUUUCAAACGGUAGUAUAGUUGGUUUCCCAGGUGCUAAAAAGUUUGACGGCAACUUAUUGUUCCAUGAAUGUGAUAUAUUAGUACCAGCUGCCCUCGAAAAAGUCAUCACAAAGGAUAACGCCGAUAAAGUUAGAGCUAAAAUAAUUGCUGAAGCUGCCAACGGACCCUUGACGCCGGCAGCUGAUCAAAUUCUACUUAAAAAGAACGUUCUCGUCAUUCCUGAUCUGUAUGUCAACGCCGGUGGUGUGACCGUAUCAUUCUUCGAAUGGUUAAAGAACAUCAACCAUGUAUCUUACGGAAGACUGACCUUCAAGUACGAAAAGGACUCCAACUACCAUUUACUACAAUCUGUGCAAGAAUCUCUAGAAAGGUCUUUCACUGAAAAAGGAAAGAUCCCCAUCUUGCCAUCAGAUGCUUUCAACAAGAGGAUUUCCGGUGCUUCUGAAAAAGACAUCGUACAUUCUGGGCUCAGUUUCACAAUGGAGAGAUCCGCAAAGGCUAUUAAGGAAACCGCUGAAAAAUAUGGUCUUGGUAUGGAUCUGAGAUCAGCUGCUUAUGUUAACUCAGUACACAAGAUAUUCCUCACAAUAAACGAUGCUGGUUUCGCAUAUUAACUUUAGUGUAUACUUGGCAUCUUUCUUUUAUUCAUUCAUUCCAAAAGUACCAGUAUUCGUAAUUGAGUCAUAAAAACGAUUACGUUUAAAUAUAGAAUAAUAGAGAAUUUUUCAUAACAUUCCAUACACAUAUAAUAAGUCAAUUCAUAAACAAAGUUUUUGUUGUUUUUAUUAUUUUAUUUUUUAUUUUAUAUAUACCUCGUAUUCUAGUUUUGAUUUCAUAAUUUCUUCCAUUCUGUAACAAUUUUAUUCUCCUAUAACAAAA